AUGGAAACUUCAAAUGUUAUGAAACAAAAUCAGCAUUAUAAUCUUAAUAGUGCACCUCAACUAGCUAUUAUACAUAAAUCAUUUAGCUAUAUUCAGAAAGCUGUUGAAGAGCAUAAAGCUAAAUUUAGCUCAACAGAUAUCUUUUUUAUUGUUGACUAUGGUUGUGCACAUGGUGCAAAUUCAUUUAUAGCAAUUCAAGCAAUUAUCAAAGCACUAACACAAAAAUAUGGCUUAGAUAUAGAGAAUCAAAUUAGUGUCAUUUACAAUGAUCUACCACAAAAUGAUUGGUCAGCAGUAUUUCAAGUUGCAUCACAAUCAUCUGUGACUAGUCUUGCAUCUGGUAAAUCAUUUUAUCAACAAAUUCUACCAUCGAAUACAGUUCAAUUUGGUUAUACAUCAUCAGCAACACAUUGGCUUUCAAAGAAACCAUGUAAUCUUCGUGAACACUGUUAUGCUUUAGGUGGAAAAUCAUCAGCUGAAGAACUAAAACUGUGGUCAACACAAGCAGCUGAAGAUUAUAGACUAUUUUUACAACAUCGAUCGAAUGAGCUGAAAAAAGGUGCUGUUCUGGCUUGUGUCAACCCAAGUCGUAUUGAUGUAAACGACACUGGUAUUCUUCCAAUCUUUCAUACUCUUUAUCGAUCAGCUGUAACUGUUCUUGAUGAAGAUGAAUUAUUAAACUAUAAUAUACUAGUUUAUUAUCGUAGCUUGGAACAAGAAACUGAUCCUACUCUUCUUAAAGAACUUAAUUUAGAAUUGAUUUGUGCUGAUUUACAUUUAUUAGAAAAUCCAAUCUAUCAAGAUUAUUAUCAGAAAAACAUUAAUUUGGAAGAAUUUAUUGAAAAAUAUACAGAAUUUGUACGUAGUUGGUCAGAGUCAAGUUUAUUAAGAUGUUUGAGAGAAGAUCGAACAAAAGAAGAACAAAUAAAAAUUAGUGAAGAAUUUUGGAAUGAAUUUCGAAAUGGAGUUCGGUUACAAGGGGCGGAACCAUUUAAGCACAAUCCAUAUCAAUCAACUUGCUCACAAGCAGUUCUUAAACUUGCAGAACAUGCUGAAAAAAAACGAAAAAUUUUUGCAUUUAAUUUAUCAGCUGAAUAUAUUUGUGAAAAAUUUGGCGAGGAGAUUAUGAAAUUAUUACCUCUUGUGGAUUUUCUAUUUGGUAAUGAACAGGAAGCAAAAUGUUUUGCUCAACAUCAUUUGAACAUCGAUACGAAUACCACUAUAACGCAUAUUGCUGAAGAAUUACAAAAGAAGUUAAGCAAAAGUACUGAUACAUGUGUGAUAAUAACUCGAGGUGCGGAUUCAAUUGUAUUAGCAUCAAAAAAUGGUGUGAAAAUGUUUACUGUUAAACGACCACCAAAAAUUAUUGAUACUAUCGGUUGUGGUGAUGCAUUCGUUGGAGGUUUUCUUGCAUAUUGGUCAUUGAAUACAUCCAUCGAUGAUUGUAUCAAUGCUGCAUGUUAUUGUGCAUAUGAAUGUUUAUUACAGACAGAAUGUCAAUUUUCAAAUCCUUCUUCUUUUAAUCCAACAAAACGAUAUUGUAAUGUUUAA